AUGCCGCUCAUCAUGGGGUUGGCAUCAAGUUUGCAAGAAAAUGCCAAGUUGCCAAAAGAGUUGUUACAGAACGGUCUUCGUCCAAUGUUGAUGAACUUAUCCGACCAUAAAAAAUUGACUGUUCCUGGUCUUGAAGCAUUGGCUAGAUUAUUGGAAUUAUUAAUUUCAUAUUUUAGAGUUGAAAUUGGUAGAAAAUUGUUGGACCAUUUGAUGGCCUGGGCUCAAAUCAACACUUUAAGACAAAUUGCUGGUCAAGAUCUUGAGAAUAACCAUACAGUACAAAUUGUAAUGGCAAUUUUGAAUAUUUUCCAUUUAUUACCUGCCAAGGCAUAUACAUUUAUGGAAGAAAUUAUCAACACUUUACAAUAUUUGGAAGGUCACUUGGAUCGUCACCAGGAUUCACCAUUUAGAAAACCAGUUUCCAAGUUUUUGAACAGAUUUGCUGAGAACUGUAUUGACUAUUUGAUUGCGAACUUCAAGUAUCGUAAAUUAGGUAACAUGUUAGCUACUAUCACAGGUAUGGAUGGUUGUGAUAACUUGAGAAAGAUUGCCAAAGAAAAAUUAACAGUAUUUGUUGAAGAUGUCCAAAAUGAACCUGAUAAGGAAGUCAAGAUUGUUAAAUUUGCUAACUUGAUCGAUUUGAUCGAAGCUAUUAGUAAACAUGACGAUGUUUGGUUCAAUGACCAAAAGGAAUUAUUGUUAACACUUUCUAAAUUAUUUGAACAAGUUUCUGAUACUAAAUCAACUGCUGCAUUGUCUUCUGUUCAUUUCCAAAGUGACCAAGCUAUUGACAAGCUUCACAGAUUGAUAAUUCUGUUCUUACAAAAAAAUCCAAGGGAAUUUGAUCUAUUGUUUGCGGUUGUUGAUCGUGAUUCAAAAUUAAAGAUUCCUGUUCCUACUGAAAUUGAAGAUUAUAUCUUUAAUGAUGUCAUUGCUUCAACAGAUCUUGAAAAGAGAGAAUUACAUUUGAAGAAAACCAUUGAGUUUUCCAGUGAUGAAGACUCUUGUUUGAAAGCAAAGAUUUUCUUUUUGAAGAAAGUGUUCAAUCCUAUAUUCAUCUAUGAAUCUGUUACCAAUGGUAAAGUCGAUGAUUUCUUUGUUAAGGAUAAACCAGAAUGGUUAGAAUUGUUAAACAACAAUAUAUGGAAAUCAACGAAGGAUAUAAUCACUGAUCAUACCUCAGGAUCCAUGGAUAGUUAUAGAUUUGCAUUACUAGAAGCUACUGCAUUGUUACUUAAAUUAGCUCCUAAGUUUAUUUCUGAUUUACGUAAAGACAUUAUUAAAUUCAGUUGGAACUAUAUUAAGCUUGAAGACAGUAUUACAAAACAAGUUGCAUAUGUAACAACAUCCUAUUUCAUAUCUGCUUAUGAUACUCCUGCAAAGUUAACUACUCAAGUUUUUGUUGCUCUUUUAAGAACUCACCAAUCUGAAUCAAGACAUUUGGUCAAACAAGCAUUGGAUAUUUUGGCCCCAGUGAUGUCUGAAAGAAUGAAGGAAGUAGACGCACCAGAUAGUUGGUUGAAAUGGCCUCGUCGUAUUAUUUCAGAAGAUGGAUUUAAUGUCACCCAAGUUUUGAAUGUUUAUCAAUUUAUUGUUCAACAUGCUGAUUUAUUCUUUGUUGCUAGAGAACAUUUUGUUUCGAAUAUUAUCACUGCCAUGGGUAAAUUGACUAUCCUUGCUAAUCCAGCAAUUGAAAACCAAGUAUUGGCUAUUGAAUUAGCUGAGUUGAUUUUGUAUUGGGAAAGAAAAGCCAAGAAGAUCAAGGAAGAAGAAAAAGGCAGUGGCGAAUCAGAUUCAGAAAAUGCUGAAAAUGAAUCAGAUGGUGCUAACGUAAAAGAAUCAGAGGAACCAAAGGAAAAAGAAGAAGAAACAUCAACGUCUGAAACCAAAUCCGAAGAGAAAGAAGAUGAACCAGAUACGGAUAUGAAAGAUGCAGAAGUUGAACAAGCUAAAUCAGAUGGCGAUUUUUCAACUUCUCCAAGCUAUACAAUUCCAUUUGGUCAAAGAGAAGCAUGUGUUACUUUCUUGAUUAGAUACGUCUGUAUCAGCCCUCAAAGAGCUUCUGAAAGUGAAUUGGGUCAAAAAGCUUUGGGUAUUUUGUAUGAUUUAUUAAGUCCAGAGCAUUGGUCUGAAGUUGCAGUUAAACUUACAUUUUUUGAAAAGUUCUUGUUGUCUCAAGAUAUAAACUCCAACAAUUUAUUAGGCUAUUGUUUGAAUGCAUUAGAAGUGUUGGGUGUUGUUUUGGAAUGGAAAAAACCACAAUGGAUUGUGUCCAACCUUUCAUAUCUUCACAAGUUGCUUGAGAAAUGUAUCAAGUCAGAUAAUCACGAUAUUCAAGAAGUUUUGCAACGUGUAUUAUGUACUAUUUUGAAAUCUAUCAACGAAGAAAAAGGAUUUGGUGAAGAAGAAGAUGAAGAGGAUGAUACCAAAGAAUUCAUUUCAUUGCUUACCACCACAGUUUCGGACGAUUUGGGCGAUAUGUCAUCAGUUGCAGCUGGUAUCACCUUGUCAUGGACUUUGGCAAAUUACAAACCAACUACGUUAGACAGUUUGAUGCCGAUGAUUAUGAAAACUUUCAACAAGCUUUGUAAAGAUCACAUUACAAAUACUCAUCAAGGUAACCAAACAUCUUCCUCCAAGGACAGUGCUAGUUCUGAACUAGAAGUUAAAUUAACUACUAAAUUGCUUGAGAAGAUUCUUAACUUGUGCUCUAUGAGAAUUUCUAAUUUGGGUGAUCAAAGACGUAUAUUUUUGUCUUUCUUGGCACAGUUGAUUGAAAGAAGCUUGGAUAAAGAUACUUUGGAAAAGAUUAUCAAGAUUGUUAAAAACUGGGUCUUUUCUAAAACUGAUUUGUUCCCAACCACAAAAGAGAAGGCUGCUAUUUUGUCCAAGAUGAUGGUGUUUGAAAUUAGAGGUGAACCUACUUUAUCCAAAGAGUUUUACCAAAUCAUUGUCGAUAUAUUUGAAGAUGAUUCUUUUAGUUGUACUGAACUUACUGUAAGAAUGGAGCAACCAUUCAUGGUAGGUACCAGAUCAGUGGAUGUAUCAAUCAGACGUAAGUUGAUGUCGAUUUUGAACAACAGUUUGGAGAAAGAUAUAGCCAAGAGAUUGUACUAUGUUAUAAGAGAACAAAAUUGGGAAUUCUUAGCUGACUAUCCAUGGUUGAAUCAAGCAUUGCAAUUGUUAUUUGGAUCUAUCAAUGUCGAAAGAGGUAUUAGUUUGGUUAACGAUGAAAACAAAUUAUCACCAUUGCGGACAUUGUCGUUCCCAGGAUCAUCAGAUCAGAUGGAAGUGGAUAGUCACAAUGAAGGAUUGAAUGAAUUAUUGAAGAAGCACUCUGAAUUUUUAGAGAGUAUUGACAAUUUAAAGGCUGGUGAUUUAUUGGAACCAUUGGUUGAUAUGUUUUACCAAAGUGGAGAAACUAUUCAUAAGACAUGGGCUACAUUCUUCCCAAUUGCAUUUUCUUCAAUCCCACGUUCUGAAAACUUGGAUUUCACUAGAUUUUUGGUUAUCUUAUUGUCAAAGGAUUACCAUACUCGUCAAAUAGAUUUGAGACCAAAUGUGAUUCAAUCAUUGUUAGAAGGUAUUUCUCGUUGUGAUACAUUACAAUUGCCACCAUUUGCAGUUGAAUGUUUGGCAUCUAAUUUUGAUGCUUGGUCACAAGGCAUUCAUAUUCUUGAAACUAUUGAUACUCAGGCAGUAAAUGCCAGUGCCGAUGUUCGUGAAGUCACUGAGGAUGCUUUAGCUAAAUUGUAUGCUACUUUGAAGGAAGAUGAUAUGUUUUAUGGUCUUUGGAGAAGAAGAGCCAAAUAUGCUGAAACCAUUGGUGCACUUUCUUAUGAACAAAUUGGUCUUUGGGACAAAGCUCAACAGUUGUAUGAAACUGCACAAAUAAGAGCAAGAAGUGGAGCAUUACCAUAUGGUGAAUCAGAAUAUGCACUUUGGGAAGACCAUUGGAUACUUUGUUCCGAGAAAUUACAACACUGGGAUAUUCUUACUGAUCUCGCCAGACAUGAAGGUUUCUCUGAUCUCCUUUUGGAAUGUGGUUGGAGAGUUGCUGAUUGGUAUAAUGAUAGAGAGACAUUAGAUCAAACGGUUAAGAAUGUCAUGGAUGUUCCUACUCCAAGACGUCAAGUAUUUGAAACAUUCUUGUGUUUACAAGGAUUUGGUCAAGAAAAGGAAACUUUACAAGAUUUGUCUCGAUUGUGUGACGAAGGUAUUCAAUUGGCAUUGCGUAAAUGGCAUGGAUUACCAGAAAGAUUUUCUAAUGCUCAUAUUCCAUUGUUGCAUACUUUCCAACAAUAUGUGGAGUUUAUGGAAGCAAGUCAAGUAUAUGCAAGUUUGGUUACUACUAAUGCACAAAACUUGGAUUCCAAGUCUCAAGAAUUAAAGAGAGUAUUACAAGUUUGGCGUGAAAGAUUACCAAAUAUUUGGGAUGAUAUCAAUAUUUGGAACGAUUUGGUCACUUGGCGUCAACACGCAUUCCAAGUUAUCAACAAAGUGUACAUGCCAUUUAUUCCUGUGUUGCAGCAAAACAACAAUGGAAGUAACGCUAAUUCUUAUGCUUAUCGUGGGUUCCAUGAAAUUGCUUGGGUUAUUAAUAGAUUUGCUCAUGUUGCUAGAAAACACAACAUGCCUGAAGUUUGUAUCAAAGAAUUGACUCGAAUUUAUCAAUUGCCAAAUAUUGAAAUUCAAGAAGCAUUUUUGAAAUUGAAAGAACAAGUAAAGUGUCAUUACCAAAAUACCAACGAAUUGAACACUGGUCUCGAUGUUAUCAGUAAUACUAAUUUGGUUUAUUUUGCUACUCAACAAAAAGCUGAAUUUUUUACAUUGAAAGGUAUGUUUUUGAAUAAAUUGAAUCAAAAGGAUGAAGCUAAUAAAGCAUUUGCAACCGCUGUUCAAAUUGAUCUUCAUUUGCCAAAAGCAUGGGCAGAAUGGGGUAUGUUUAAUGACCGUCGUUUCAAAGAAAAUCCAAAUGAUAUGGUUUAUGCCAACAAUGCCAUCAGUUGUUACUUACAAGCAGCUGGUCUUUACAAGAAUGGAAAGACUAGAAAAUUGUUGGCUAGAAUCUUAUGGUUGAUUAGUUUGGAUGAUGCUUCAGGAACAUUGGCGCAAGCAUUUGAAAAUUUCCGUGGUGAAGUUCCAGUUUGGUAUUGGAUCACUUUUAUUCCACAAUUGUUGACUUCUUUAUCACACAAGGAAGCUAAAUUGGCUAAACAAAUUUUGGUUCGUAUUGCCAAGAGUUAUCCACAAGCAUUACAUUUCCAACUUCGUACUACAAGAGAAGAAUUUGCAGGUCAACAACGCCAAGCUAUUGAAAUUGCUCGUCAACAAGCUGCACAAGCACAAGCACAAGCUGCUGCUGCCGCCGCCGCAACAACUACCUCGUCUGCUGCUAAUAGUACUGGUGCAGCUACAUCUACUACUGGACAAGCCAAUUCUCCAUCUGCUGCAUCUCCAGGAAGUGAUAAACCUGCUAAUGGUGAACCACAAUCUAAGGAACAAAAUGGUGAUUCGACAAGGAAAGAAUCAGCAGGUUCUCCAUCGUCACAAUCACAGCAAAGUCCACAACAGGGUCAAAAACCACCGCCACAACAAAUCACUAUCCCACUUUCUGUACGCCAACCAUUGGAGCAUGUGGAUGAUGUGAUGGCUAUUUUGAAGACGGCCUAUCCAUUGUUGGCACUUUCAUUGGAAUCAUUAGUUGAUCAAAUCAAUCAAAGGUUUAAGUGUACUGCAGAUGAAGAUGCUUAUAGAUUAUGUGUUGCUUUGCUUAACGAUGGUAUUCAAUAUUUGAACAGAUUAGGUAAUCCAAGAGAAGACGCCAAAUUGCCUCCAGUUACUGAAGCUAAUAUCACCAGAUUUGCAGAAACAGUUCUUCCAAAACAGAUUAGAGCUGAAUUUGAAAAGGACUUGGUUAUUUCCAAACCAAGCUUGGAAACUUAUAUAAGCAAAUUGAGAAAAUGGAGAGAUAGAUUAGAAGACAAGUUGGAUAGACGUAUUUCUCAAGUCAAUUUGGAAAAUUUGUGCCCUCAUUUAAGUGAAUUCCAUCAUCAAAAAUUUGAAGAGAUUGAAAUUCCAGGUCAAUAUUUGUUGAAUAAAGAUAACAAUGCUCAUUUUGUCAAGAUUGAAAGAUUCCUUUCUACCAUAGAUUUGGCUCGUGGUACUAGUGCUUGUUACAAGAGAUUGAGAAUUCGUGGACAUGAUGGUAGUUUGCACACAUUUGCUGUUCAAUUCCCAGCCGCUCGUCAUUGUCGUCGUGAAGAGUCUGUGUUUCAACUUUUCAGAAUUUUCAAUGAUAGUAUAUCUAGAAAAGUUGAAGCUCGUCGUCGUAACAUUCAGUUCACUUUACCAAUUGCUGUUCCAUUAUCUCCUCAUAUUAGAAUUGUCAAUGAUGAUACUAGAGAUAUUUCUUUGCAAAAAGUUUAUGAAGAUUUCUGUAAAAAGAAUGAUAAGAGUCGAGAUGAACCAUUUAUUUAUACGGUUGAGAAAUUAAGAGCUGCAUAUGAUCAAAGAUUACCAAAGCCUGAUUUAACUAGUGUCAGAGUUGAAAUAUUGAGUGCUAUCCAGACUUUAUUGGUUCCAACUACUGUAUUGAAGAAUUAUUUCAUUGAUUUGUAUCCAAACUUUGAAGACUUUUGGUUAUUCCGUAAACAAUUUACAUCUCAAUAUGCAUCAUUUAUUUUCACCACUUAUAUGAUGUGUAUCAAUGCUAGACAACCACAAAAGAUUCAUGUUAAUAAAGGUAGUGGUAGUGUUUGGACAUCUGAUAUGUUACCUUACAAGAUGCCAAAUAAGAAUGCAUUGGAUAAUGCACAGCAACAACAAAAUGGUAAACCUGCUCCAAUUUUUGUCAAUGCUGAACAAGUUCCAUUUAGAUUAACUCCAAAUAUUCAAAAAUUGAUUGGAGAAACUGGAUUGGAAGGUAUUUUAUCAGUUUACAUGUUGUGUAUUGCUAGAGCAUUAUUGGAACCAGAAUCUGAUUUGGAGCAAUAUUUGACAUUAUUUGUUAGAGAUGAAGUUGUUUCUUGGUUACAACAACAUGACAAGAGCGUUUUGAAUAGUCCUGAUAAACAAUUCCGUGAUAUGGUUAGAUUAAAUGUUGAAAGUAUAAUUAGAAGAGUCAUGACUAUGGGACAUGUUUCAUCAAAUAAUGCCGUUGCAAACCAAAAUGCAUUAGAAUUGAUUUCACAAUCUGUUAAUCCACGUAAUUUGGCAACUGCUGAUACAUUAUGGAUGGCUUAUUUUUAG